CGGGAGGGGAAACGUUUCCGUGUGCCAGUCAGUGAAACGAUUUCGACUUUGAACGGGCUUCGGGUUUUUAACGCCGUGGCCGAACGAAAUGUAUCCGAACUCAUCCCGAUUAAGUGUAUCUACUCGAUUUCAGAAAGAAGAAAAGACAGAAAUUACAAGAAGACGUUCAUCUAUUAGAAAAGAAGAAACACUCAGCGUCAAACAUGAAGAGAAGAAAGAGGAACAAAAAGAUAAAGUAUCUGAACCAAAGGAAGAUAAAAAGAAAGAAGAAAAGACUAGCAUUCGCCGCGACAGUGUGAGGAAAGUUUCAACUGAAGAAAGGGUGUCGGUUGAAACAAAGAAAGAGGAAGUAAAGGAUGAGAAACCUAAAGUGACGAAGAAAGACGAAAAGACCGUUUUAACAAAUGGAGAAAAUGAAAAUGAACCAGACAUUACACGAAUUUCACAGACACAAGAAGUUAAACCACAAGAUGAUAAGAAAGAACCUAAGGCACAGGAAGUGAAACAAGUCAAGAAAGAGGAAACUACGAAACCAGAAGAACCAAAACCACAGGUUAAAAAAGAAGAACCUAAGAAACCAGAAGAACCAACACAACAGAUUAAGAAAGAAGAACCUAAGAAACCAGAAGAACCUAAACCACAGGUUAAGAAAGAAGAACCUAAGAAACCAGAAGAACAUAAACUGCAGGUUAAAACAGAAGAGCCUAAGAAACCAGAAGAACCAAAACCACAGGAUAAGAAAGAAGAACCUAAGACACCAGAAAUGAAACCACAAGCCAAGAAGGAAGAACCUAUGAAACCAGAAGAACCAAAACCACAGGUUAAGAAAGAAGAACCUAAGAAACCAGAAGAACCAAAACUGCCGGUUAAAACAGAAGAAUCUAAGAAACCAGAAGAACCAAAACUGCAGGUUAAGAAAGAAGAACCUAAGAAACCAGAAGAAUCAAAACCACAGGUUAAGAAAGAAGAACCUAAGAAAACAGAAGAACCAAAACUACAGGUUAAGAAAGAAGAACCUAAGAAACCGGAAGAACCUAAACAGCCAGUUAAGAAAGAAGAGCCUAAGAAGCCAGAAGAACCUAAACAGCAAGUUAAGAAAGAAGAACAUAAGAAACCAGAAGAACCAAAACCACAGGUUAAAACAGAAGAACCUAAGAAACCAGAAGAACCUAAACCACAGGUUAAGAAAGAAGAACCUAAGAAGGCUGAAGAAAAAGCUCCUGCACCUAAAGAGGAAGCUAAGAAAGCAGAAGUAAAGGCUCCUGCACCGAAAGAGGAGGCUAAGAAGGCUGAAGAAAAAGUCGCUCCAAAAGAGGAAGCGAAGAAGGCAGAAGUAAAGGCUCCUGCUCCAAAAGAGGAACUUAUGACACCAGAAGUGAAACCUCAGGUUAAGAAAGAAGAACCUAAGAAAGUGGAAGUAAAGGCUCCUGCACCGAAAGAGGAGGCUAAGACACCAGAGCCUCUUGUUAAGAAAGAAGAACCAAAGACACCAGAAUUGAAACCUCUAGAUCAGAAAGGACUCAAGACAGCUGAAUUGAAACCUCUCGCUAAGAAAGGAGAAUUUAAGAAAAUAGAACUGAAACCUCUUCCUCAGAAAGGAAAACUUCAGACGCCACAAUUGAAACCGCUCGCUAAGAAAGAACCUAAGACAUUGGAACUGAAACCUCUUGAUAACGGAGAUCUCAAGCCACCAGAACUGAAACCUCUAGAUAGUGCAGAUUUCAAGACUCCAGAACUGAAACCUCUAGAUAAGAAAGAAGAACUUAAGACACCAGAACUGAAACCUUUAGAUAAGAAAGGAGAACUUAAGACACCAGAAUUGAAACCUCUAGAUCAGAAAGGAGACUCCAAGACCCCAGAAUUGAAACCUCUCGCUAAGAAAGGAGAACAAAAGAAAAUAGAACUGAAACCCCUCGCUCAGAAAGGAAAACUUCAGACACCACAAUUGAAACCACUCGCUCAGAAAGGAAAAAUUGAGACACCGGAAUUGAAACCCCUCUCAAAGAAACCAGAACUCCAGACGACAACAAAGGUGCCUUCGAUCAAAGCUCCUGAGGCGCCGAAAAUUGAAGUGAUUCGUGAAAAGACUCCGACUCCGGACAGUCGAAAGGGCUCGUUGAUUCCUGGAUCUGGGCAGUCCAGUCGCAGAGGGUCGCUCAUCCCGCCAGACGAUGGAAAAGGCCGCCGACCAAGUCUCAUAAUAAGUGAUGAGAAAAGGGGUAUACGUCCAGGAGAGAAGGCACCAGAUCAAAAGCAAAGACAGCGUCGGAGACCAAGCACAGACAUGCGAAGACCGAGUGUUGCCGAUCUUGAAGAUCUUAUCAACAAACCAUCGACUCCACUUAAAGAAAUUGGACCACCAGGACCCCCUGCAAUUGUUGACGUCCAAGAGAGUUAUUCUGCAGUUGAAGAUCAAACUGGCUACCUCACUGUCGGGAUUGAAGGAAACCCAGUUCCUACAUUUAAAUUUUAUAAGGGUAUGACUGAAAUUAUUGACGGCGGCAGAUUUAAGUUUUUGACUGACGGUGAGACCAACACGGUUACUCUUUGCAUCAGAAAAAUUAAGCCCAAUGAUGAAGGAAAAUACAAAAUCGUUAUUAGUAAUAUACAUGGGGAAGAUUCAGCAGAAAUGCAGCUUUAUGUAUCAGACUCAAGUGGUAUGGACUUCAGAGCGAUGCUUAAAAAGAGGAAAUACGCUAAAUGGGGAAAAGACAAAGAAGAUCCAGACUGGGGUGAUCUGAAAGAAACUGAGAAACCAGUCCCUGCUCUUAAAAAAGUUGAAAAGAAACCAGAGUCAUUUUUGAAACCUCUGGUAGAUCAGUAUGCGAAAGAAGGAAAGGACAAAAAAGUUACUUUUGAAUGCGUAUUUUCCAAACCAAACUGCAAACCCAAGUGGUUUUUGCGAAAAGAUGAACUUUUCCCUGGUUCUAAGUACAAGAUGAAAAACGAAGGUGACACGUACCAGCUUAUAAUUUCAAAUCCUAAAGUAGAAGACGCUGGAAAGUAUACCAUUGAAAUCGCUGGUGUCUCAUGCGUAGCGUAUCUUACAGUUGAUGAACCUCCUCCAGCGUAUUCUUUUAUAAGGCCCUUAUUGAAAAAGUACGACGGAUAUACACGACACGAGACUACUAUGGAAUGUACUGUCAACAAUAGCAUGGCCGUGGUGUCAUGGUUUAGAGACAACACAAAACUAUCGGAUGGAGAUAAAUAUGCAAUUUCGAAAGAUAUGCAGGGUGUGUGCCGAUUAACGAUUAAAUGCUGUGAAAUGUCAGACAACGGAGAAUACACCUGUAAAAUUGACAAACAAGAUGAAAAAACAACAACAACUGCAGUAAUCACCGAAUAUCCUUACAUGUUCACGAAAGUGCUCAAAUACCAGCAAUGCACAGAAAAAGACACGAUUACACUUUUGUGCGAAAUUGAUGAUGAACUUGGUGACGUAACCUGGACGAAAAAUGGACAAGAGGUCAAACCAGAUAAAAGAAUACAAAUAAGUAAAGACGGACGAAAGAGGAAGCUUGUAAUUAAAGAUGCUAAAGUUACCGAUGCAGGAAUGUUCGCUUGCUCUACCAAUGCCGAUAAGACUGAAGCAGAAAUCACAGUACAAUAUCAAAACAGAUUUAAUAAGAAACUUAAAGAUACCGUUGGAAUCGAAAGAGAGAAGUUAGUUUUUGACAUUGAACUUCAAGACCAAACUGCUCCUGCCGAAUGGUAUUAUAAUGGCAAACUACUCGAACCUUCAGACAGAAUUGAAAUCAAAAAUCUCGGAGGUGGCAAACAUCAGCUCGUUUUUAAAGCGUUAGAAAUGACAGACAAAGGUGAAAUCAUGUGCAAAUCCGGAGAAUUGAAUUCAUCUUGUAAACUCGAUGUCAAAAAAGGAGAAGGAAAACCAUGCAUUGACUUUGGAGAUACUGUCGAAUCUCCAGCGAAUAAACCGAUCGUAUUUUACGUCCCUUACCUCGUUGAUGGCACCCGACAGACACCGGUAGAAGCUAAAUUAUUAAAGGAUGGAAAAGCUCUUCCGGUUAAAGAACUUGAAGUGGCAAUUACAGAAGAAAGAGUCACAUUCACAAUAAGAAAACCAUUAAGAUCUUUAUCUGGAAAAUAUCAAAUAAAAUUAUCAAACGGUCAAGGUGAAGAUACCAAAGACAUUCAUAUUAACAUGCAAGAUGUGCCUAAUCCUCCGAGGGAUGUCGAUGUCACAGACAUAUUCCAAGACAAAUGCAAAAUAUCGUGGAACAAACCAGUUGAUGACGGUGGAGCACCUUUAAUGAAAUACGUCAUUGAAAGGCAGGAUUUAAGCGUUAAAGGCGGUUGGCAUCCCAUCGCUGAUGUAAAACCGGAAGAAGGGACAGUUUAUAACUGCACCGACUUGGUGGUGAAGAAAGAGUACAAAUUUAGAGUUCAAGCGGUGAAUAAAAUUGGCGGGUCUGAGCCCUGUUUAUGUGGAAAAACAGUACUGGCUAAAGAUCCUUGGGAUGAACCAAGCAAACCAAGAGAUGUUGAAGUCGUUGACUGGGAUAAAGAUCAUGCAGAUCUUAAAUGGAAUAAGCCCGAAAAUGAUGGCGGUGCGCCGAUUACUGGAUAUGUAAUUGAAUACAAAGAAAAGUUUGGCAAAGAUUGGGUAGAAGGGAAAGUCGUUCAUGGAGAUCUAACGAAAGCAACUAUCGAUGGAUUGAAAGAAGGGACUCAAUAUGAAUUCAGAAUCAGGGCAGUUAAUAAAGCUGGCCCUGGUGAGCCGAGCGAUGCAACAAAACCAAUUAUUGCCAAAUGCAGAUUUGUUAAACCAUUCAUUGUCGGUGAAGGGUUAGUUAACCAAGUAGUGAAGAAAACUCAAGUCAUCAAAUAUGAUAUUAAAUAUGGUGGUGAACCCCCUCCAGAAGUUUCAUGGCAGUUGAAUGGAAAGGAAAUUCCAAUUGACAAUGACAGAAUUACGCUUGAUGCUUAUGAAUGCAAUACAGUCAUCACUAUACGAAGAGUCGUCAGAGCUGAUAGCGGCAAAUACAAACUGUUAUUGACAAAUAGUUCAGGAACUUGUGAAAGUAUUGCUGACGUUGUUGUUCUAGACAAACCAUCUCGACCAUAUAAUCUCGAGCCAGUUGAAGUGAGAGCCAAUCACAUUAAAGUAACGUGGAACAAACCCAAAGACAAUGGAGGCUCGGAAAUAACAGGCUAUGUCAUUGAAAAAAUGGACAUGGACACAGGAAGAUGGGUCCCAGCUGGAGAAGCUGGACCUGAAAGCCCAGGCAACUUUAAAGUGACCGGUCUCACUCCAAAAAAGAAAUAUAAAAUCAGAGUUAAGGCUGUCAAUAAAGAAGGAGAAUCUGAGCCAUUAGAAACAACAGAUUUUAUCCUGGCUAAAAAUCCUUAUGAUGAACCCGGAAAACCAGGGAAGCCUGAGAUUAUUGAUUACGACAAUAAAAGUGUAUGCCUUAAAUGGGAGAAGCCUGCUAGCGAUGGAGGCCGUCCGGUAUUGUUUUACACAAUCGAAAUGAAAGACAAAUUUUCUGUCGAAUGGACAGAAGUUGCCAAGACUGAGAAUGAUUCCUGUGACGCUAAAGUUGAAGGCCUUAAGGAAAACAUGGUCUAUCAAUUCCGUGUAAAAGCUCACAACAAAGCUGGAGCUAGUGAACCUAGCGAACCAACCGACAAUCAUUUGUGCAAACACAGAAAUUUGCGUCCACGAAUUGAUAGAGAGGGUAUGAAGAGUGUAAUUAUCAAAGCUGGCCGGACAUACAAAUGGACCGUCGACGUUAUUGGAGAGCCUCCACCAACUUUGUCUUGGUCCUGGAGGGAAAAUAUUCCCUUGGUCAAUACAGAGAGGAUAAAAAUAGAAAACAUCGACUAUCAAACUACAUUUUCAAUUGUCAACGCAGUAAGGAAAGACACAGGCAAAUACACAUUGCUCGCGGAAAACAAAAAUGGCAAAGAUGAAGCCAGUCUUGAGCUUACUGUCCUCGGCAAACCAAGUCGACCAGAAGGACCUCUCGAGGUGUCCAAUGUUACUAAAACAGGUUGCAAGUUGAACUGGAAGAAGCCACAAGACGAUGGUGGAAGUCCAAUCAAAGAAUAUGAAGUUGAAAAAUACGAUAUGGAAACUGGAAAAUGGAUGCGAGUCGGAAAAGUAUCCGGAGACAAGGACGAACCAGAAAUGAUUGUCACCGGUUUAGACCCUGGAAAGGAAUACAAAUUCAGAGUUACAGCGAUCAACGAUGAGGGUGACUCAGAACCACUUGUCACCGAAAAAGCAAUAAUCGCCAAAAAUCCCUUUGAUGAGCCUACUAAGCCAGGAACUCCUGAAAUUACUGAUUAUGAUAACGAAAGUGUAGAUCUUAAAUGGACGGCACCUAAGAGCGAUGGAGGUGCACCAGUUGAAAAAUACAUUAUUGAGAAAAAAGACAGGUUCAAGCCCGACUGGGAGCCUGCGGGUGAAUUUCCUGGUGAUGUGACUUCUGGAAAAGUUAAAGACCUUAAGGAAGGAGCAGAAUUUCAAUUCAGGGUAAUAGCUGUUAAUAAAGCUGGACCUUCUGAGCCGUCGGACUCAACCAAUAUGCACAAAGUUAAACAUAAAGCAUUGAAACCAAGAAUCGAUAGAACCAAUCUUAAAAAUAUAAUACUUAGAGCUGGAAAAUCAGUCAAAUAUGAUGUCAACAUCCGAGGUGAACCACCACCAACUGUUACUUGGUUAUUCAAACAGAAAGAGGUUGAAAGCACGGGAAAUGUUGAAAUUGUAAAUGUUCCUUAUAACACUAAGUUUUCUAUAAAUGACAUCGCUAGAAGCCAAAAUGGAGUUUACGUCGUCAAAGCUGUAAAUGCUUCUGGCUCAGAUGAAGCUGAAGUAGAAAUUACUGUUUUGUCUGCUCCUGGAAAACCGAAAGGACCUCUACAAGUCAAAGAUGUCACUGCGAGUGGUUGCAAACUGAAAUGGCAGAAACCAGAUGACGACGGCGGUAAACCAAUUACAGCAUAUCAAAUUGAAAAACUUGACACAUCGACUGGGAGAUGGGUACCGAUCGGACGUACAUCAGACACAGAAAUGGACGUCAAAGGGCUCCAAGAAGGGCACAGUUAUCAAUUUAGAGUCAAAGCAAUCAAUGACGAAGGUGAAAGUGAGCCUUUAGAUACAGAAAGUUCUACACUGGCUAAAAAUCCAUAUGAUAUACCGUCCAAGCCUGGUGCACCAGAACCAGUUGAUUGGGACGUUGAUAGAGUUCAGCUUAAAUGGAAUCCACCAAAAUCAACCGGUGGUGCUCCUAUCACAGGAUAUGUAGUUGAACAACGAGACAAGAGCUCAGGAACCUGGGAGGAGGUCCUUACCACAGAUGGACCUGCCUGUGAGGGAUUAGUUACUGGUCUUAGGGAAGGAAACACAUACCAAUUUAGAGUUCGCGCAGUGAAUAAAGCUGGACCAUCAGAUCCCAGUGACGCCUGCAAACCACAUGUCGCAAAAGCAAGAAAUCUUAAACCACACAUCAAUAGAGACAAACUUCAGAAGGUUACUGUUCGCAAUGGCCAACUUGUUAAAUUGGACGUUGAUGUAAAAGGUGAACCUCCACCAACUAUCAAAUGGGUUUUCAACAACAAAGAACUUGAAAACGACCAUCAUGUUAAAAUUGAAAAUGAAGAUUACAAUACUAAGAUCCUCAUUAAAGACACAACCCGCAAAAAUUCUGGAAAGUAUACAAUCAUCGCUGAAAAUUGCAACGGAAGAGAUGAGGCAGAUGUUGAAAUUAACAUCUUAGAUAAACCAAGUCCUCCUGAAGGACCUCUAGAAGUGACCGAUGUUCAUAAAGAGGGUUGCAAAGUGAAAUGGAAACCACCAAAAGAUAACGGAGGGUUGCCGUUGACUGGUUACAUGCUUGAAAAAAUGGAUGUUUCAACCGGACGUUGGGUCCCUGCUGGAUUUGUCGAUCCAGACACAACCGAACAAGAAAUCACCGGUCUGGAACCGGGCAAGAAAUACCACUUCAGAGUUGCAGCUGUCAACGAAGAGGGAGAAUCAACUCCACUUGAAACUGACACUUCCGUACUCGCCAAGAAUCCCUAUGAUGUGCCAUCGGCUCCAGGCCUUCCAGAGAUUGUUGACUAUGAUGAAAACAUGGUUGAACUCAAAUGGGAUGCACCCUUCAGAGAUGGAGGAGCUCCGAUUACUGGAUAUGUAAUUGAAUACAAAGGCAAAAAUGACCCUAAAUUUGUCAAAGCUGUGGAAAUCCAUGGCAAUACAAGAAAAGGAAAAGUUCCGAAAUUGGAAGAAGGAAAUCAAUACCAAUUCCGUGUCCGUGCUGUCAAUAAGGCUGGUGUAGGUGAGCCGAGUGAAGCAACACUCCCACAUACAGCUCGUGCAAGAUUUGUUAAACCGAGAAUCGACAGAACAAACCUGGAGAAACUAGUAUUCAAAGUUGGACAGAUGAUUUUAAUUGAUGUAAAUGUUAUUGGUGAGCCACCACCAACUAUUACUUGGAGUUUCAAAGACAAAGAUCUAGAAUCUACUGAUAAGCUGAGGAUUGACACAAUCGAUAACAAUACUAAAUUAACAGCAUUGAAAGCACAAAGAAAAAUGGGCGGUAAAUAUACAAUAAAGGCGACUAAUUCGGUUGGAUCAGACGAAGCGGAAUUCGAUCUAACCAUCAUGGGCAAACCUGCUAAACCUGGCGGCCCAUUGGAAGUGAGCGAUGUCACCAAAAAUGGUUGCAAAUUAUCUUGGAAACCACCCGAAGACGAUGGAGGAUCUCCGGUUGACUACUAUGAGAUUGAAAAGUUGGAUCCGUUGACCGGACAAUGGAUACCUUGUGGAAAAUCUAACGGUACCGAAGCAAACAUCACUGGCCUUCAAGAAGGAAAACCUUACAAAUUCAGAGUAAAGGCCGUUAACAAAGAAGGAGAAUCGGAAGAGCUCGAAACUGAGAAACCGAUUAUCGCAAAAAAUCCAUUCGAUCCUCCAGAUAAACCAGGAAGGCCACAACUUGAAAACUGGGACAAGGACUUUGUCGAUCUUAAAUGGGCUCCUCCUUCAAACGACGGCGGUGCUCCUAUUCAGAAAUAUAUUAUACAGAUGAGAGAUAAAGAUGAAAGAAAUUGGGUGGACGCGCUAACCGUUCCUGGUGAUAGAACUAGUGGUAAAGUCACUGAUGUCCUUGAAGGGCAUGAAUACGAAUUCAGAGUUGUUGCUGUCAACAAAGCAGGACCAGGACCUCACAGUGACUCUUCAAAAUCUGUCGUCUGCAAGCCUCGUUUCUUGGCUCCUCAUAUUGAUCGUAAGAACCUUAAGAAGAAAUCCAUUCCAUCUGGCCAGACUCUGAAGAUAACUGCAGACAUUAAAGGAGAACCGCCACCAACUGUCGUUUGGACACUUAAAUCCAAACCAAUCACUAAUAAUAGGAUUGGUAUCGAAAAUGAAGACUACAAAACAACCUUUACACUUCAAAAGGCUUCAAGAAAAGAUACUGGCCUGUACACUGUAACAGCGACCAAUGAUUCAGGAACUGACAGUGUCGAAGUUGAAAUUCAAGUAUUAGCACCCCCUGGAAAACCAAAAGGCCCGCUGGAGGUUGAAGAUAUCUGUGCUGAUGGAUGCACGCUCAAGUGGGACAAGCCCGAAGAUGAUGGAGGCGAACCAAUCGAUCACUAUCUGAUUGAAAGGAUGGAUCUUGAAUCCGGAAGAUGGGUGCCAGUAGCAACAUCCAAAGGAACAGAAGCUGAUAUCUCAGGCUUACAUGAAGGAAAGGAAUAUCAGUUCCGUGUAAAAGCAGUCAAUGCCGAAGGUGAAUCUGAACCUCUAGAAACUAUGACGCCUAUUGUUGCCAAAAAUCCAUUCUCUCCUCCUGAUAGGCCAGGAAAGCCAGCUGCUAAAGACUGGGAUAAGAGUGGAUGCUACCUUAAGUGGGCUGCACCUAAAUCAGACGGUGGUGCGCAGAUUACAUCAUAUGUGAUUGAAAAGAAAGACCAAUACAGUUCCAAAUGGCAAAAGGGUGUAGAGCUUAUUGGCAAUAAAACAGAAGGAAGAAUCCCAGAUCUUAUCGAAGGCAUGAAAUACACAUUCCGUGUAAUUGCAGUCAAUAAAGGCGGGCAGAGUAAACCCAGUGAACCUAGUGAUCCUGUAUUGAUAAAAGAUAGAAAUGUCGCACCGAAGAUUGACAGAUCAAAUCUUAAAGAUUUGACAAUCAAAGCUGGUCAAAAUGUGAAAUUAGAUGUAAAAGUGAGUGGAGAGCCACCAGCCACGAAAUCAUGGUUCCUUAAUAAAGCUCGUCUCUCCUCAAGUGAUAAUUUGAGCAUAGAUGAUGAUGAUUACAAAACCAAAUUGAGUAUUGUAGGUGCUACUAGAGCACAGUCCGGCACUUAUGUUAUUAAGGCUGAAAACGCUUCUGGAAAAGAUGAAGCGACGGUUGAAAUUACUGUGCUUGAUAUUCCUGGUAAACCAGAAGGACCUUUGAAAGUAUCUGAUAUUCAUAAAGAAGGCUGUACGCUUAAAUGGAAAGCACCCGAAGAUGACGGUGGUUCUCCAAUUGAAUUUUAUGCAGUUGAAAAAUUAGAUACAGAAACUGGGCGAUGGGUACCAGCUGGCAGGACAAAAGAUCCUAAAAUGGAUUUGGAAAGUUUAGUUCCAGGCCAUGAAUACAAAUUCAGAGUUAUGGCUGUGAAUUCAGAAGGAGAAUCAGAACCUCUUGAAGUAUUAGAAUCCAUCAUCGCUAAAAAUCCAUAUGAUGAACCUGGUGCAACCAGUGCACCAGAAGUUGUCGAUUGGGACAAAGAUCACGUCGAUCUUAAAUGGAAUCCACCGACAAAGGAUGGCGGUUCCCCCAUUACCGGAUAUAUCGUUGAAAAACGUGAAAAAGGCAGCCCGAGAUGGGUUAAAGCGGCCGAAGUCAAAGGCCCAGAUUGCAAAGCAAGAGCUGAAGACUUAGACGAAGGUGUGGAAUACGAAUUCCGCGUAAUUGCCGUAAACGAUGCUGGUCCUGGUGAGCCCAGUCAGCCUAGCAAACCUGUCACUCCUCGACCAAGAAAAUUGCCUCCAAGAAUUGACAGAAAGAAUCUUAACGCUGUGACCGUUCAUGAAGGAGAACCGAUUAUGCUUCUUGUGAAAGUUAGUGGUGAACCAGCUCCAGAAAUAACAUGGAGCAAGGGAAAUAAAACUGUCACCUCCAUGGGAAGUAGGCAGAUUGACGUAUCACCCAAUCAAACAAAGUUUGUCAUUCAAGCAACAGUACGUGGUGAUACAGGCAUCUACAAAGUCCACGCAUCCAACAGAUAUGGUGCUGAUGAUGCCGAAGUUGAAAUCACAGUUAUCAGCAAACCCGGAGCGCCCGAAGGUCCUUUAGAAGUGUCAGACAUCCACAAAGAAGGGUGCACACUAAAAUGGAAGAAACCCAAAGAUGACGGCGGUGAACCGAUCGACGGUUAUAUAGUUGAAAAAUUCGACCCAGACACUGGAGUCUGGCUACCUGUUGGAAAAUCAAAAAGCCCAGAGAUGGAAGUCACCGGUUUAACGCCCGGUCACGAAUACCAAUUUAGAGUAAAAGCGUUCAAUAAGGAAGGAGAAUCAGAACCAUUACAGACUCUUUCAUCAAUAGUUGCUAAAGACCCAUAUGUUGUACCGAGCGAGCCUGGAGCUCCAAAUCCUGUCGAUUGGAACCAGAACCAAGUUGAUCUUGUUUGGGAAGAACCUGCAUCGGAUGGCGGAACUCCAAUCACCGGCUACCUCAUUGAGAAAAGAGAUAAAUACAGUGGAAUUUGGGAGAAAGCACUUGAAACGACAGGGUGUUCUCCUCAAGCUUUGGUAACUGGUUUGGUCGAAGGCAAUGAAUAUCAAUUCAGAGUCAUUGCAUUAAACAAAGCUGGUCAGAGUAAGCCCAGCGACGCUAGCAAAACAUUCACUGCCAAACCAAGAUAUCUUGGGCCUAGAAUUGACAGAAGAAACCUUAGAGAUGUUACUCUCUCAGUCGGCUCAGCGCUUAAACUUGAUGCCAACAUUACUGGUGAACCUCCACCAACUGUUGAAUGGAGAUGCUCUUCAAACCCUAUCAAAAACAAUAAAACGACAACGCUGGAAAAUGUUGACUACUACACAAAGCUUACAAUUAGACCUGUCGCCAGAGGUGAUUCGGGUGAAUAUGUUGUAACUGCCUCGAACAGUUCCGGAAAAGAUCAAGUGACCAUCCAGGUUGUGGUUACGGAUAAACCAUCUCCGCCACAAGGACCAUUGCAGGUGAAUGAUGUACAUAAAGAAGGAUGUACACUGAAAUGGAAGAGACCGCGAGACGAUGGUGGUACUCCCAUUGAACACUACGCAGUUGAGAAGUUUGAUGUUAGCAAGGGUUCAUGGAUUCCUUGUGGAAAGACUACUGAGCCAUCUUGUGAAGUCACUGGUCUCACACCUGGCAAUGAAUACUCCUUCCGUGUUUUUGCUGUGAACGCAGAAGGCGAAUCUGAACCGCUUGAAGCCGAAAGUACAGUCGUCGCUAAAAAUCCAUUUGAUGAGCCUGGAAAACCAGAAGAUCUGGAAGCAACUGAUUGGGAUAAAGACCAUGUCGACUUGAAAUGGGCUCCACCUAAACAGGAUGGCGGCUCCCCAAUUACAGAAUACUUAAUUGAAAAGAAAGACAAAUAUGGAAACUGGGAAAAGGCGCUUACUGUGCCGAGCGAUCAGACUUCAGCUACAAUUCCAAAUUUGACGGAAGGAGAAUCAUACCAAUUUCAAGUCAGGGCUGUAAAUUCAGCUGGCCCUGGAGAAGCUAGUGACCCCACUCCUAUUAUCAUCACUAAACCGAGAAACUUAGCACCGAAGAUUGACCGUUCCACGUUGAACGAUAUUACAAUUAAGGCUGGAGCGCCAUUUAAAUUCAAUGUUAAAGUCACUGGAGAGCCAAUGCCUACAACGUCAUGGAUCCACGGAAGCCAAGAUGUUACUUCUAAAGGGAAUGUCAAAGUCGUCCAUUUCGAUUACGGCACUAAACUAAGUGUGAGAAAUACAACUAGAAGUAACACUGGAAAAUACAAAGUUGUGGCUGAAAAUAUUAAUGGAAAAGAUAUCGCCGAAGUAAAAGUCACUAUUUUGGAUAAACCUGCACCACCCAAUGGACCUCUUAAGGUUUCUGAUGUUCAUUCAGAUGGAUGUAAGCUGUCUUGGAAACCACCAGAUGAUGAUGGAGGAAAUCCUGUUGAAAAAUACGUUGUGGAGAAAAUGGAUGAAGCGACAGGACGUUGGGUUCCUGCCGGAGAGACAACCGGCCCAGAAACAGCGUUGGAUGUUACUGGCCUACAACCAAACCAUAAAUACAAGUUCAGAGUUCGAGCAGUCAACAAACAGGGUAAAUCAGACCCGCUAACUGCGCAACAAGCCAUCGAAGCUAAAAAUCCAUACGAUGAGCCUGGUAAACCAAGUACACCCGUUGUUACGGAUUAUGACAAAGACUUUGUCGAACUUGAAUGGCAAAAACCAGAGGAAGAUGGUGGAUCACCUAUUACAGGUUAUGUAAUUGAAAAGAAAGAAAAAUACAGUAAUAACUGGGAACCUUGUCUGGAAGUACAAGGCGAUGUCACAUCUGGUAAAGUUCCUGAUUUGGUUGAAGGAAGCCAGUAUGAAUUUAGAGUACGCGCUGUUAAUAAAGCCGGCCCAGGAACCCCAAGUGAUCCUACAAACCCCGUUAUUGCUAAAGCCAAAAACCUUGCUCCAAGAAUCGACAGGAAUGCCAUGAUGGAUAUUAAAGUACGCGCUGGGCAAAACUUUGAUUUCGACGUUCCAAUUUUCGGUGAACCGCCGCCCUCUAAAGAAUGGUCAAUGAAAGGAAAUCCCGUUAUCAGCAGCGAACGGGUAAGAAUAGUCCAUGAAGAUUACAACACAAAACUGAGAGUCAUAGAUGCCAAGAGAUCCGACUCAGGACCAUGCAUGCUAUUUGUUAAAAACGUCAAUGGUUCUGAUACCUGUACAGUCAAUGUUACAGUUUUAGAUGUACCCCAACCUCCUGAAGGGCCGCUUAACCUUUCAGACAUCACAAAGAGUUCUUGCAUGGUUCAAUGGAAGCCACCACGGGACAACGGAGGAUCUGAUAUUACUCACUAUAUUGUAGAGAAGAUGGAUAGUGACAGCCUUCGAUGGGUCCCAUGUGGUGACAGCUACACAACUAAACUGAGGGUGGAACAUCUAAUUGAAGGACAUAGUUACAACUUCAGAGUCAAGGCAGUAAACAAAAUUGGCGAGUCCUUACCACUUAUUGGACAAUCACCAAUUACUGCCAGGGAUCCGUUCAAGAAACCAGACAAACCUGGUACUCCAACAAUGAAAGAUUGGGGCAAAGAUUUUGUUACUCUACAAUGGACACCGCCUAAGAAAGAUGGUGGUUCACCGAUAACCGGUUAUGUUGUUGAAAAGAGGCCAAAGUUUGGUUCAACUUGGGAGAAAGUUGCAGAAGUACCUGCAAACAAAACAGAUUGUAAGGUUGAUGGACUAGAUGAAAAUGAAGAGUACGAAUUCCGCGUUAUCGCUGUCAACAAAGGAGGACUCGGAGAUCCAAGCGAUGUCGCGUCCAGACCUCGAUUCAUGGAGCCGCAUAUUGAUUCUUUGGGAAUGCAAGACUUGAUCGUUCGCGUCGGACAACGUAUUAAUUUCACUGUUCCAAUUGGAGGUUCGCCCACACCUAAACCAAAAUGGAGUAUCAAUCAUAAAGAAGUCUCAGCCGAUGACAGAAUUGAUCUCAUGAAGACAUCCCACGAAGUAAUACUUGAUAUUCCCUUUUCUGUCAGAUCCGACAGCGGUGAAUACAGUUUGACACUAGUUAAUGAGCUCGGCUCAUGCACUGCAAGUGCACGUGUGUCAGUACUAGAUCGGCCAUCUGCUCCAAAGGGACCACUUACUGUUUUCGAUGUAACAAAGGAGAGUGCAAGACUCGCCUGGAAGCCGCCAGAUGAUGAUGGAGGUUCUCCAGUUCUGCAUUACAUCAUUGAAAAAAUGGACACUUCCAGGGGGACGUGGUCUGAUGCCGGAAUGUCGCCCAACCUUAAUUUCAUCGUUGAAAGACUUAUUCACAAGAAGGAAUAUUAUUUCCGUGUUAAAGCUGUUAACGCAAUGGGAGAAUCGGAACCUCUCGAAACUGAAAAAGGCAUCAUCGCGCAAAACGAAUUUGAUGAGCCUGAAGCACCUGAAAGACCAAACGUUAUGGACUGGGGCGAGAAUUUUGUAGAAAUUCAAUGGCAACCACCAAAAUCGGAUGGUGGAUCCCCGGUGAUGGAAUAUAUCAUACAAAAGAAAGAAAAAGACAGUCCUUACUGGGCAAAUGCUAUGACAACCCCUGGAGGGACAACAAACGCUGUUAUCAACGAUCUACUUAAAGGACAUGAAUAUGAAUUCCGUGUCAUUGCGGUGAACAAAGCUGGACCUAGUGCACCUAGCGAGCCUACAGAAUCUGUUGUCUGCAGGCAGAGAUACUUGGCUCCCAAGAUUGUCACUCUGCUUGAAGACAUUAUUGUGAAAGCUGGAACGAUCCUUCAUGUUGCCAUUGAUUUUAUUGGCGAACCACCGCCAGAAGCCAUUUGGACCGUGGGGAGCAAGGAGCUUUUAACAGAUUCGAGAACAACAGUCACAGCUAUUGGAUAUCAUACAAUUGUGCACACUGUAAAUUGUAGAAGAUCCGAUAGUGGAGAAUACCACUUAUUAUUGCGAAACAGUUCUGGAAUUGAUGAAGGAUCUCUAAAUAUCACAGUCUUGGAUCGUCCUGGACCUCCAAGAGAACCGCUUGAGUAUGAAGAAAUUACUGCUUCAAGUGUCACUUUAUCUUGGCUGCCACCUUCCGACAACGGCGGUAGUGAAAUAACUAAUUAUGUUAUUGAAAAGAAAGAUCUUUCCCAUGGUGGUGGCUGGGUCCCAGCUUUGACAAACGUGAAUCCUGCACAGCACCAUGCCACCGUUCCCAGACUCCUCGAGGGUACACAAUAUGAAUUUAGAGUUAUGGCUGAAAAUUUGCAGGGACGGUCUGAUCCGUUAACAACAUCUAAGCCGAUCAUAGCCAAAAAUCAAUUCGACGUACCUGGCAAACCCGGAAAGCCUCAAGCCACGGAUAUCAACAAAGACCAUAUUUCACUCAAAUGGUCUCCACCGAUUAGCAAUGGUGGCUCUCCUAUUGUUGGAUACAUUGUAGAAAGACGAGAACGUGCCACAGGACGGUGGACCAAGCUGACUAAAGAUCCAAUUAGGCUCACUGAAUAUGACGAUUCCCGUGUUUAUGAAGGUAAACAGUACGAAUACAGAAUAAGUGCUGUAAAUGCAGCUGGUUGCAGUAAACCUAGUGAUGUAUCUGAAGCUUACGAAGCCAAAUUGAUGAGAGAAAAACCAAAACUCUUCCUCAACGAUCUUGUCGGCAAGAAAAUCAAAGUUAGAGCUGGAGAACCUAUUAAUAUUAACAUACCAAUGUCUGGAGCUCCUACGCCUACUGUGGAAUGGGUUAUUAAUGAUCACAAGAUGCCGCAAACUAACAGAAUUUUGGCUGAUACUACAAGUAAUGAAGCUAAACUUCACAUCAGUGAUUCUAACCGUAAUGAUUCUGGAAAAUACAAAAUCACCGCUAAAAACGAAUUCGGUACUGAUUCCGCUGAAAUAGAAGUGAUCGUUGUCAGCAAGCCAGGUCCUCCUGGAGGUCCUCUUAUGUACCCCGAAGUAUCGCAUGACAGCGUUUCCCUCUCCUGGCAACCUCCGACAGACAACGGUGGCAGUCCGAUUACCGGUUACAUAAUCGAAAUGGCAGACUUCGGCGUCGAUGUGUGGAAACCGGUUCCUGGUUUCUGCCCCAACACAUCGUUCACGGUUAAAGGUCUACCUGAAGGAAAACGAUACAACUUCAGAAUAAAAGCGGAAAACAUCUACGGUGUUUCUGAACCGCUCGACGGCAAACCGGUAUUAGUCAAAAGUCCCUUCGAUCCUCCGGAUGCACCAUCCAAACCAGAAAUUAUGUCAUACAAUCCAAGCAGUUGCACCCUGCAAUGGAAUCCCCCUACAAACACUGGUGGUCGUCCUAUCACUGGCUAUUAUGUGGAAAAAUGUGAACGUGGAGGUGAUUGGGUCAAAGCAAAUAAUUAUCCUACUCCAAAUACAUUCUUCACAGUACAAGGACUUCAUGAAGGUCUAAAGUACGAAUUCAGAGUUGUUGCUAUUAAUGAAGCUGGACCUGGAAAACCAAGCAAAGCUACAGAUCCAAUAAUUGCUAAAGAGCAAAAACGUGUUCCUGACCCAACUGAUCCACCGAUGCCUGACAGAAUUACAAAGAGCACCGUUACAUUGUCCUGGAGGCCGCCGAGGAAUGACGGAGGAAGUAAAAUCACCGAGUAUAUCAUACAAAAGAAAGCGAGAGGAGAUGCAGAUUGGUCUGAAGCUGCUGUUGUUUCAGCCCCUACUACUCUCCAUACCGUUACUGAUUUGAAAGAAGGUCAAGAUUAUCAAUUCCGAUUAAUUGCGGUUAAUUCGGUCGGACCAUCCAACCCUAGCAGACCAAGUAUCAAUGUUGUUGUCGAAGAACAACCUAACAAGCCUUGCAUGGACUUAGGAGGUGUGAGAGAUAUAACCGUCAGAGCUGGAGAAGAUUUUUCAAUUCACAUUCCAUAUGUUGCAUUCCCUCAACCGACCGCAAUGUGGUUAAUUAAUGAUGCACCUUUGACUGAUAGUGAACGAGCUUAUAAACAAUUAACUCCAAACUCUGCAAGUCUUAUUGUCAAAAACGCUCUGAGAUCAGACACUGGACAAUACAGAUUACAGUUGAAAAAUCAACACGGUUUCGAUACGGCAACUCUGCACGUUAAAGUUCUCGAUCGACCAUCACCACCAGAAGAUUUGCGAGCAGAUGAAUUUGGCGGAGAUGCUCUGACAUUAUACUGGAAUCCGCCCAAAGAUAACGGAGGUGUCGAUGUAUCAAAUUACAUCGUUGAAAAGAGAGAAAAUAGAUCUUCGACAUGGGCAAAGGUUAGCAGUUUCUGCACAGUUCCUUUCUGCCGAGUCCGCAAUCUCAAAAUCGGGCAAGAGUAUGAGUUCAGGGUUAUGGCUGAAAAUCAUUAUGGAACGUCAGAUCCUACAAUGACUAAAGAUCCAAUCAGAGCCAGACAUCCAUUUGAUCCACCAGGCGCUCCCGGUGCACCUCGGUGUGUUGAAGCUGAUGAGGAAUCGAUCACACUUACAUGGGCCAAACCAAGGCACGACGGCGGAUCACCGAUUACUGGUUAUCUAAUCGAAAAGAGGUUAAUUACAGAGGAUAAAUGGACAAAGGCUACCCAUGCUUUGGUACCAACAAACAAUCACAAGGUGACAAAUUUGAUUGCAAACCAUGAAUAUGAGUUCAGAGUGGCAGCUGUUAAUGCUGCAGGUCAAAGCCCAUGGAGUUCAUCCUCAGACGGAAUUUGGUGCAGAACACCUCCAUGUGCUCCCAAAAUCACAAGCGACUUGAGCAUAAGAGACAUGACUGUCAUAGCAGGAGAAGAGUUCACAAUCACAGUACCAUUUGUCGGCAUUCCUACGCCGAAACCGGUCUGGUUUGUCAAUAAUGAAGAAGUCUAUUCAGACAGCAGGAUCAAAUUUGAAACAUCUUCCACCGAGACUGUCUUCAGGAAUAAAUGUGCCAAGCGGUCUACCGAUUCAGGAACAUACACAAUCCAACUUAUCAAUUCUGAAGGCUCAGAUUCGGCUACAUGUAGAGUACUUGUUGUCGAUAAACCGUUGCCUCCACAAGGACCAGUCGAAGCAUCCGACAUUACCCCUGAGACAUGCAAUCUUACAUGGAAACCGCCGCUCGAUGACGGUGGCUCUCCUAUUACAAACUAUGUCGUUGAAAAGUUGGAGAGUUCGACUAAUAUAUGGACAAAAUUGAGCAGCUUCGUAAGAAACUGUCAUUAUGAUGUAUUUGGACUUGAGCCAAACAAAAAGUACAAGUUUAGAAUCCGAGCAGAAAAUCAAUAUGGUACCUCUGAUCCUGUUGAAAUGGACAAUGCCAUUUCUGCUAAAUAUCCGUUUACUGUUCCUGAACCACCUGGAACACCACAAGUUAUCGACUGGGACACAAGCAGUGUCACUCUCACAUGGUCUAGACCAAGAUAUGAUGGAGGUUCAAAAGUACAAGGAUACAAAAUUGAAGUCAGGGAUACGUCUGAUGAUCAUCAAUGGCGAUCGGUCCACGAUUAUCUCGUUAAAGAUACAACAUAUGUCGUUCAUACAUUGACACUCGGCCAUACAUACGAAUUCCGCGUUAAAGCUAAGAACGCUGCAGGAUUUAGCAACCCAUCUCAGAACUCGGCUGGCUUCCACCUUAAAGGAAAGAUGAAAGUCCCAUCAAUGCCAGGCACACCUACUGUCGUUAAAGUUGGAAAGAGUUACGUCGAUCUUAAAUGGGAGCCACCAUCUUCUGAUGGUGGAUCUAAAAUUAUGGGCUAUAUCAUUGAAAAACGUGAAAUCGGUAGUACAUCAUGGGUUAAAUGCAAUGACUACAAUGUUUUAGAAUGCAAAUUUACACCGAUCAAUCUUAUCGAAAGGGCUGAUUAUGAAUUUAGAGUUACAGCUUUCAAUAGCGUAGGAAAGAGUGAACCGAGCUCUUGUACGACUCCAGUUAAAAUUUGUGAAACUGAAGGUGGCGAAAAACCCGAAUUUCUUAUGCCGCUAUACAACCAAGUUAUACCUUUUGGAAAGCCUUAUACUCUUACAUGUCAAGCCCAUGGAAACCCCGUUCCUUCUGCUCGCUGGCUUAAAAACGGAAGAGAAAUCAUGCUUGGUUCUAAAUUCAAGGCUGAAGCAUCCGACGGAGUUUUCAAACUACACUUCUUAGAAGUCUCUGAUCUCGACGAAGGGGAUUACACAUGUGAAGCUUACAAUACUGCAGGACACGCCACUACUACUUCACACGUUAAAGUUGGAUGUCCUCCGAGAAUUGAUAGAAUUCCAGGCACACUCUACCUGGCCAAAGGUGAUAAUAGCAAAAUUAAAGUGUUCUACUCUGGUGAUCAACCUAUGGAAGCUUAUCUUGAAAAAGACGGAAAGGAAGUCACACAAACAGAACAUAUUAAAUAUGUUGUAUUCGAUGAUUAUGUUGUAAUUUUCAUUAAAGAAAUUAAAACUGAAGAUUGCGGUCUUUAUACAGUAACUAUCAAAAAUGAAAGUGGAAGUGCAAGUGGAACAUGCAAUGUUUAUAUAACAGGUAUACCAGAUGCACCUAAUGGACCUUUGGAUGUAUCAGACAUCACAAAACAUACAUGCACUUUAUCCUGGAAAGCUCCAAGUUAUGACGGUGGCCUCCACAUUACGCAUUAUGUCGUUGAAAGGAGGGACGUGACGAGUACUCACUGGAUAUGCGUUUCAUCGUUGUGUAGAGAUAUGACCUUUACCUGCCACGGCCUUACCGAAGGAAAUGAAUAUUUGUUCAGAGUAAUGGCAGUAAAUGACAACGGCAUGGGACCUCCAUUAGAAGGAGCUAAUGUUGUGAAAGCAAAGGCACCAUUUGAUGCACCGUCAGCACCACAAAAUCCGGUUGUAACGGAAGUCGGAGGCGAUUUUGUGAAUCUCAGCUGGGACAAACCAGCAUCUGACGGUGGAUCGAGAAUCCAGGGUUACUGGGUAGACAAACACGAAGUCAAUAGUAACACAUGGCAAAGAGUGAAUGUAUCCAUUUGCGUUCCUACUCAAAUAAACAUUCCAAAUCUGAUUGAAAAUCGUGAAUACGAGUUCAGAGUUUAUGCUCAGAACGAUGCAGGCCUAAGUGAACCUUCGACUGCUUCGAAACAUGUUAAAAUAAAAGAUCCUCAAGCUGCUACACCGCCUGAAAUUGUCAAACCGCUGAGAAAUGCAAAUGCAAUAUUGAAACAUAAUACUCAAUUCCAAUGUGUUAUUACGGGAAAUCCCAAACCUACAAUCACUUGGUACAAAGGUGCUCACAAUAUUACUCCUGGUGCACGCCACUUCAUGUUCUCUGAUCAUGACACGCACACUCUUAUUAUCAACAAUGUAGCAGUCACUGACGCAGAUGAAUAUGUAUGUCGUGCAGUGAACAAAGGAGGAGUUAAAUCGACAAGGGCAGAAUUGGUCAUUAACAGUGCCCCAAAACUUAGCGUACCUCCUAGGUUCCAAAGUUUGGCCUUCUUCAACAAAGGAGAAAAUGUGGUUGUCAAAAUUCCAUUUACUGGCUAUCCAAAACCAAAGAUAACAUGGUACAAGGGAGCCGAACACAUCGAAUCCGGUGGUCACUAUGCUGUUGAAGUGAAGGAGCGUCAUGCUAUUUUAACAAUAAGAGAUGGAAGCAACAUGGAUAGUGGAGUGUACAGAGUUGUGGCUGAAAACGACCAAGGAAUUGAUUCAGCGACAAUUACAAUUCAAAUCAGUGAUCGUCCUGAUCCACCGAGAUUCCCGACAGUUACCAAUCUUGGAACCGAUUCGCUUGCAUUAUCUUGGCAACCGCCAUUGUGGGACGGUGGAAGCAACAUUACAAACUAUUUAGUCGAAAAGAGAGAAACACCGAUGACCAGUUGGAUUCGUGUUGGUCAUACAAGAUUUACGGCAUUGGCUGUAUCACACUUGUCGCCAGGGCAUGAAUACACCUUUAGAGUAUACGCUGAAAACGUUUAUGGCAGAAGUGAUCCCAGCGAUGAAACUGAACUCAUUAAGACUAAAGGAACACAUAAAAAAGCGCCUAAACAGAAGAAAUACGAAGUCGAUUCAACAGGCAAAAAGAUCAGAGGAAAAUGUGAUGAUACUGUUAAAGACUAUGACCUAUAUGUAUUUGACAUAUACUCCAAAUAUGUACCACAGCCAGUUGAUAUUAAAACAGCUUCCGUAUAUGAUUUCUACGAUAUUUUGGAAGAGAUUGGUACAGGAGCUUUCGGUGUAGUCCAUCGUUGUAGAGAAAGGAAAACUGGAAACAUUUUCGCCGCCAAGUUCAUACCUGUUUCACACCCGAUGGAAAAAGAACUGAUUAGAAAAGAAAUUGAUAUAAUGAACCAACUGCAUCAUCCAAAAUUAAUCAAUCUACACGACGCCUUUGAGGACGAUGAUGAAAUGGUUCUUAUAUUUGAAUUUUUGUCUGGUGGAGAACUAUUUGAAAGGAUUACAACAGAGGGUUAUGUUAUGUCUGAAGCUGAAGUGAUUAAUUACAUGAGACAAAUUUGUGAAGCCAUCAAACAAAUGCACGAGAAGAAUAUUAUUCAUUUAGAUAUCAAGCCGGAAAAUAUCAUGUGCCAGACGAAACACAGUACCAACGUUAAGCUGAUCGAUUUCGGACUCGCGACUAAAUUAGAUCCGAACGAAGUCGUUAAGAUUUCAACCGGAACAGCCGAAUUCGCAGCUCCUGAAAUUGUCGAAAGAGAGCCUGUAGGUUUCUACACAGAUAUGUGGGCAGUCGGCGUCUUGGCUUAUGUCCUUCUAAGCGGACUAUCACCUUUCGCCGGAGAUAAUGACGUUGAAACACUAAAGAAUGUCAAAGCGUGUGAAUGGGACUUUGACGAAGAUGCGUUUUCAAGUGUGUCCCAAGAAGGAAAAGACUUCAUCAGGCGAUUGCUUAUCAAAAACAAAGAGAAGAGAAUGACAGCUCAUGAGUGUUUGCUUCACCCAUGGCUCGUCGGUGAUCACAGCGAUAAGACCUCUGCCAUUAACUCAUCUCGUUACAUCGACUUCAGAGAUCGUAUAAGAAUGAAGUACGAUCAAUGGAAUCAAUAUCCUGUUGCUAUUGGCAGACUCUCAGAAUAUAGUGCACUAAGAAAACUGUUGAUUGACAAAUACUGCAUUCAUGAUACAUCAUUUGACCGUAGACAAGCGGCUCCAAGAUUUGUCAUUAAACCACAAAGCGCUUUUGCAUAUGAAGGGCAGAGUGUUAAGUUUUACUGCAGAGUCAUUGCCAUCGCCGCGCCGACUAUAACUUGGUACCACAACAACCAAGAGCUCAAGCAAAGUGUUAAGUUUAUGAAGAGGUACGGAAAUGACAACUACAACUUCAUCAUCAACAGAGUUAAACUAGAUGAUAGAGGAGAAUACAUUAUCAGAGCUGAAAAUCAUUAUGGAUACAGAGAAGAAGUAGUAUUUUUGAAUGUUCAACCUCUACCCAAGCAAGUACCUAUGUACAAACCAGACGAAACGAGAAGGAGAGAACCACUUCCUUAUACAUUCUGGAAAGAAGAAGUUGAAUCUGCUCCAAGCUUCACAUUCCUUUUAAGACCUCGUGUGAUGCAGUGUCGCCAAACGUGCAAACUUCUUUGCUGUCUUAGCGGCAAGCCUUUCCCUUCGGUCAAAUGGUUCAAAGGGAACCGUGAAUUGUCACGACUCGAGUACACCAUGUCACACACUGAUGGUGUAAUUACAUUGGAAAUAAUGGACUGCAAACCUGAGGAUUCUGGCAAAUAUAAAUGCGUUGCGAGUAACAAACAUGGUACAGAUGAAACAUCAUGUGUUGUCAUUGUGGAAGGAAGCUCUCAAACCGAAGAGCAGGAACAACUUGUUCACAAAUUAAUGCACUCAGGAGACAGGAAAUAUAUUGAACAACCCAUCCGACCGGCACCAGCUGUAAUAACCACAAGAACCAUGAUUGGUGGGCCGAUGGUUAAGCCCCCAUCCAUGGACAAUUCACAGUUGUCAAAAGCUUUAAGUCAACCAUUAAGUGGAGAUGGGAAAUCUGUGAAGAAAUAUGGAGCAAAGGGUCUUGAUUCAGCAAGCAGCCCUUCUCGAUCUAGAAGUACAACUAAAGAACUGAUAUUACCGCCAGAUGACACAAUGGCACCGCCAAAGUUUACUCAGUCGCUGAAAAAUGUAGAAGUUAAUGACGGAGAUACUUUAAAUCUAACAUGCACCGUUCAUGGCGAUCCUGAACCACAAAUUUCCUGGUCAAAGAAUGGAGAGCAUGUCAGUUCAUCAGCAGUUGUCGACCUUAAAUAUAGAAAUGGAGUUGCUAGUCUUACCAUCAAUGAAGUGUUCCCUGAGGAUGAAGGGAAAUAUGUUUGCACAGCGACUAAUUCUUUAGGAUCAACGUCUACUGAGGCGAACGUUAAAGUUAAACCAAUGGAUAAAAAGUCACCAGCUUCAAGUGGAAGUGGACAAAAUCUAGCUCCCAGAAUUGUCAGCCAUGUUGAAUCUGCCGAUGUGAACGAUGGAGAUCCUGUCACUCUAUCAUGCAGAAUAAUUGGAGCCAAUAAAUUUGAUGUUAUAUGGCUACACAACAACAAAGAAAUAAAGCCAAGCAAGGAUUUCGAAUACACCAACAUCGCUAAUAUCUACCAACUUAAAAUAGCAGAAAUAUUCCCUGAAGACGCAGGAACAUAUACUUGCGAAGCAUUUAAUGACAAUGGAGAAUCAUUCAGCAGUUGUACUCUUAAUGUCUGUGUCCCACAAGAAGCAAAGAGACCUGGGUUCAAAACAUUCCCUAAAUCAGCUACUGUCUGUGAAGCAGAAAGCAUAGAAUUUAAGUGUUCAGUCGACCCUUCAUUGACAAGUGUCUUGUGGAAGAAAGAUGAGAAGGUUGUAAAAGAGGAAUCAUCCAAAUAUAAUUUUGUACAAAAUGGAAACGAAUACACCUUCAAAAUUAUUGACUGUACAUUAGCCGACAUGGGACAAUACACUGUUGAAGCAACAAACGGAACUAUCACUUCUAAGGCUGCAUUUUCAUUAAAUGUAUUUCCAGUGUCUGACUUGUGAAGUCGCUAAAUAAUUUAUUUAUUCGGGUAGAUUGCUAGUUUUAAGUUAAAAUGAAUUUUCCAUUGUUUUGUAAAUAUUAAUUUUUGUAUUAUUUAUAUUCCCAGAACGUCACUCCAGGCCUACUUGUGAAGUUCAGGAAAAACAUAAUACUUAAAUAAAUUAACACUUACCUUUUUACAAUUACCAUAGAGAAUAUUUAUUCAUUUAACUUAAGGAAUAUAAUGCUUGCUAUUAGUUUUGUAUUAUUUAUUAUCUAUUUUAGAAGCAACAAAAUUAUUCCUCAAUUAUGAAAGAAUAUAAUUUUAGAUUAUAUUAUAUUUAUUCCUAUAGGUUAAUUG